UCUAGGAGGCACCCACCCCUCCAACUGAGGGAUAGUUUACUCGGGAUUUAAGGAAACGACGGAAAACGUCACAAUAAGUCUGGUUCCACUGGAUAUACUUCUUCUGGACGUACAAUUACGCGCGUCUACAAGAUCGUUACAAGCUGUCCGAGUUCAGGAUCGCUUUAUUCUCAUGUUAUUGUUUUUUUACAGUGUUCAAGCGACAUUAAUCGUUCUGUCUUUCGUGUAUGUGGAUUUCCAUUUCUGAACUCCCCCGAAAGUGAUGAGAAGCCAGGGAAUAUGAUCUGCGCGUAAACUUUUCUUCUCCCAGUUUUUUCCGAUUCAAAUUAAUUAAUAAUGCAAAUCCUACUUUCCACAGCAAUGCUAUUUUACCUCAAGGUGUCUGCCACCGCAGAGCCGAAAGCCAAGUGUCCAACGCGUUGCGAUGUGAGUACGUGUCCGAGCCCCAGCUGCCCCAGCGGCUACAUGCCAGACCGCUGCAACUGCUGCCUGGUGUGCGCACAGGCAGAGGGAGAGCCAUGCGGGCGUAAGGACGACCUGCCAUGCGGGGACGGACUAGAGUGCAAACACCCGGCGGGCAAGCGGCUCUCCAAGGGCGUCUGUCAGUGCAAGUUUAGCCACGAGGUGUGUGGCAGCGACGGGAAAACAUACGGCAACGUGUGCCGGCUGAGGGCGACUAGCAGGAAGGCCCUGCAGCAGGGACUGCCAGGCAUCAACCAGAUCCAGAAAGGACCGUGUGAGAUGAGCAUAGGUCCUUCACAUCCUGCCAGUCCGCGUUACAAGUUCAACUUCAUAGCCGACGUGGUGGAGAAAAUCGCUCCUGCUGUGGUCCACAUUGAACUCUUCCUCAGGCAUCCUCUCUUUGGUCGGAAUAUCCCUCUGUCUAGUGGAUCAGGAUUUGUGAUGUCAGAGAAUGGGCUGAUUGUUACCAAUGCACAUGUAGUCUCCAGCACCACACCUGUGUCUGGUCAACAGCACCUCAAGGUCCAGAUGCAUAAUGGUGAUGUAUAUGAAGCCAGUAUCAAAGACAUUGACAAAAAGUCAGACAUUGCUACUAUCAAAAUCAAUCCACAGACAAAACUGUCUGUAUUGUUUCUGGGCCACAGUGCAGACCUAAGGCCUGGAGAGUUUGUGGUUGCCAUUGGCAGCCCAUUUGCUCUCCAGAACACCGUCACCACUGGCAUUGUCAGCACUGCUCAGAGAGAUGGCAAGGAGCUGGGCCUCAGAGACUCUGAUAUGGACUACAUCCAGACAGACGCUAUCAUCAAUUAUGGGAACUCAGGAGGACCUCUUGUUAAUUUGGAUGGGGAGGUGAUCGGCAUUAACACCCUGAAGGUUGCUGCAGGAAUCUCAUUUGCCAUUCCAUCCGACAGGAUCACUCGCUUCCUCAAUGAUUCGCUGGACAAGCACAGCAAAGAUGUGAGGUCAGUAAAGAAGCGUUUCAUUGGAAUCAGGAUGCUGACCAUCACACCAGCGUUAAUUGAAGAGCUAAAACAGCAGAACCCAGACUUCCCUAAUGUCACCAGUGGGAUUUAUGUCCAUGAGGUUGUUCCGCAUUCACCUGCACAUAAAGGUGGUAUUAAAGAUGGUGACAUUAUUGUGAAACUGAAUGGCAAACCUCUGAUGACCACGGCCGACCUCCAGGGAGCUCUACAAGAGGAAACAGCCCUGCUGCUCGAGGUCAGGAGGGACAACGAUGACCUACUCUUUAAUAUUGAACCUGACGUUAUCAUGCAAUAGACAUUUGAAGCACAGUUUGCAGAGUUUAACAAACCUAUUUUUGUGAAAGAAAACAUCAGAUGGUGGAAGCUUUGCACCACUGCAGUGGAAUUUUUGUCAAGCGCACACCUCUACUGAUGCUUUGGCAACUGGCUGUUAACUGUACCAAAGUAAAACGGAGCCCAUGGAUAUCAUGGUGUAAUGUAGUUCUGGUGUUGAGGAAUUUAAACUGUGCCUCCUACCUGCUCAGACCAGGUCAACAUUGGAACCAUGGUUAAUUUCGUCAGACGAGACGAGACGAAAUAUGUUCGUCAACGAGCCUUUUUCCCUUGACUAAGACGAGACGAUGACGAGACGAUACAAUGUUCUGAAAACACU